AUGGAGUACGCGCAGCUACUGGGCAGCCUGAGCGAGUGGCCUGAGCAAUUCCAGUUAGUGAGUGUGGUUCACGAGAAGGACAUGAAAGUGCCAGCCACUCCAACAGCACAGAGUAGAGCAGUCCCCAUGGGAUCACCAGAAUGCUUCCACCUCAAAGAAGCCAUUCCUUGCCUAGAGUGGGCAACAAUAGCACAGGAGGAGCGAGGAAGUGUUUUGUGCGCAGAAAAUUUGGAUACAUAG